GUAUGGGUGUGGUAAUCGCUCUGUGAAUUGCCUUGAAUCUCGUAAAUUUGGCGCCCGAGGCCCUGUUGUGGAUUAAAAUAAGACGAAAUGAGCGAAAUAAUAUUUUGAACAUUUUAGUCUGGAUAUUGAGGCACCCGUCUAGGCAGCAGGAGGAUAUUGUUGUGUUGUUACAGCAGGACUUAAUCAGUAUUAUCAAAGCUGAGAAGGGAGUGAAACGCUCCGAGGAUCAUGAGUGAGCUGGAGCAGUUGCGGCAGGAGGCAGAGCAGCUGCGCAAUCAGAUCAGAGAUGCCAGGAAAGCAUGCAGUGACUCCAGCCUGUCCCAGAUUACAGCUGGUCUGGAUUCAGUGGGAAGGAUCCAGAUGAGAACGAGGCGGACCCUCCGAGGCCAUUUAGCCAAAAUCUACGCCAUGCACUGGGCCACAGAUUCCAGGUUACUAGUUAGUGCCUCACAAGAUGGCAAACUCAUCAUUUGGGACAGCUACACCACAAACAAGAUUCACGCCAUUCCCUUACGAUCAUCAUGGGUGAUGACAUGUUCCUACGCUCCCUCAGGGAACUAUGUAGCCUGUGGAGGCCUGGACAACAUCUGCUCCAUCUACAGCCUUAAAACCCGUGAGGGCAAUGUCAGAGUCACUAGAGAACUGCCUGGACACACAGGUUAUUUGUCAUGUUGUCGCUUUCUUGACGAUAGCCAGAUAGUCACCAGCUCUGGAGAUACCACAUGUGCUCUGUGGGAUAUUGAGACUGGUCAACAGACCACCACAUUCACAGGGCAUAGCGGAGACGUGAUGAGCCUGUCCCUCAGUCCAGACACCAGGACCUUCGUGUCGGGUGCCUGCGACGCGUCCUCCAAACUUUGGGACAUCCGAGAUGGAAUGUGCAGACAGUCUUUCACCGGUCAUGUGUCUGAUAUAAAUGCUGUGUGUUUCUUUCCUAAUGGUAAUGCCUUCACAACGGGAUCUGAUGAUGCCACGUGUCGGCUGUUUGACCUUCGUGCUGACCAGGAACUGAUGAUGUAUUCGCAUGACAACAUCAUAUGUGGCAUCACCUCUGUGGCCUUCUCAAAGAGCGGCCGCCUGCUUCUCGCUGGCUACGAUGACUUCAACUGCAAUGUGUGGGACACGCUAAAGGGAGAGCGUGCAGGUGUUUUAGCUGGGCAUGACAACAGGGUCAGCUGUUUGGGGGUGACCAGUGAUGGCAUGGCUGUAGCCACUGGUUCUUGGGACAGCUUCCUCAGGAUAUGGAACUGACCUGACGGGACUCUGGGGAGCCAUUCUUUCCAAUCACAGCUAAUGUAGUGCACCUCUGCCACACCGGACCCUUCCUUUCCACUCCUCCUUCAUAGAGAUGACCUGGUUUUCUUCUCCUUGGACCACACUAUCCCUCCAUCCAGCAGUCAGUCAAAGACGUGAGGACCAGCAGUGAAGACCCUCCAUUUGCUUUUCUGUCUCUCUGACUCUAGGUCUUCAUGUCUAACUCUAGAGGUGGGGCACAGAUGGUGUUGUUGUAUAUAUUGCCAUUCUUUGUGCUUUUACGUGUAACAUAUGCACUUCUGUGUUUGGAUGUUCUGGUUUGUGGAUACUCGUGGUGGGUGUCUUGACUGUCCCUGUUUUUAAUUUUUGCUUAAAGAUUUAAUAAUUUUUUUGUCCCCAAUCACAGUGAUAUUUGCCAUACCCAAAGGCCAAUCAGUGUCAUGAACAGAAGGAUGAGUUGAGUAGUGAAGAUGAGGCUGACCUGCUCUUGCACAGUGUUUGUUGCAUUAGUGUUUGACCUUUUAAGGGAUCAUUCACCUAGAAAAAUUAUGUCAUUUUCUCACCCUCAUGUCAUUCCAAAACCUUAUUGGAACAUAAAAUGGAGAUAUAAAGAAGAAUGUUAACCUCUGUUACCAUUAACUCUAAUUGCAUCUUUUUUCCAUACAUUGAAAGUGAAUGGUGACUGAGGCUAAAAUUCUUCCUAACAUCUCCUUUUGUGUUCCAUGAAGAAAGUCUUGUGGUUAGAAACGACAUGAGGAUGGGUUAAAGACAGAAUUGUAAUUUUUGGGUAACCUAUCCCUUUAAGUGUACUUUAAUUGCAUUGGCUGUGUUAGUGUACCAUAGGUUGGUAGUGUAUCUAAGCCUGUAUGUGCUGUCCUCUAAGCCCGACAACAGUGUUUGGCUUGUUUCAGUGUGUUAAGACUGUAUUACUAAGUGCAGAGAAGGAUUUACUGGCAGCCUGUCUGUCCCAUCUGUCUUCAGAAGGUUCCACCAUUGUGAUUUGUCUUUACUGUCACUAGAUGUGGUCUUAAAUUUGCUGCUUUCCAUAUUGAUCCAGCUGACCAUACUGUAUGUAUUACACAUUUAUGAUUAAGGUUCGGUUCAGCAUUUUGUUUGAAUCCAAAAACCAAGCACGGCCUUGAUGCUCUGUGGCACUUUGCCAUUGGUGAGCAGGCAGGAGGUGCCACCUAAUAAGUUACAAGAGGCCUUGGCCACUGCCAUUCUGACUUACAGCAUUGUUUGCCUUCCUACACACACUCUGAAAACCUGCCCUUUUGAGAUGAGGAUGUAGCUCGGACUGUAUGCUUAUGCACUAGAAGAUAGUCAUGUAAUACAGCACGCACUGAUGUUUCUGCACAUAUUUUAAUUAAUGUAGUACUUCAGCUCUGUGGCAAGAAAGCUAAAAAAAAAAAACAGUCAUGGUUUUAUAAGCCAACAAGCUACACUGUGCGUGUCUUUUCCACAAAUGUGAGUUUUGAAGGUAUAGAUCUCUGCCUGUGUAAGUCUAAAAAAAUAUCAAAGUAAGCCUUAACCAUCACAGUUCACCGAAAUCACCAUAAUAAUUUUGUGCCAAUCGAUAUGAAUGAACUCUGAUCACAAAGACUGGUUUUGUGAGCGUAUUAUAAACUGUAUUAAUGUUGUUUUUGCUUUUAAUCAUGGCUAUUGAACUAAAAGGUUUGGACAUAUUGCUUUUAUUUAUACAUAUAUAUAUUCAGAGUGCUUGUUGAAUUAACUUUUCCAUUUAUAAUUCCAGAUUGCAUUCUGUUGCAUGAGUUGUUUUCUAAUUCAUGCCUUUUUUGUUUUUUGACAUUUGUUUACUGUUCACCAGAUAAAUCUUUUCAGCGCUCGUUUCAAUAUUUUAUUUGAAUCAUGCAGUUAGUUAUGCUGUGAAUGGACAUCCAAGCAUAUGUGGAAACUUAGUGGUGUUUUUCAAUUCUUCAAAGUUGUUUUGAGUGUUUACAACAUUUAGACCAUUGCUUUUAAGGUACAUGAAGUUGAAUUUGCAUUUUGUGAUGAACACAAUAUACAGUAUAACCAACAAAGGUUCAUGUGGUAUUUUAGUCAUCAAAAAAUAGCCUUUUAUUUUCUAAUUGACAAGUUAAGUGCUCUCUGAAGUUCAACCUGGAGGAGUAAGCUACAUACUAUCCUAUGGAUAUUUCAGCUAGCUAACUGAGACUUAUCCUAUGGAUAAGAUCAAACACUGUGCUAGUGAGGUCACAGUCCACUGACUUCAGAAAUCAGCUUGCUUCCUUAAUACAGUUUACAAAAUUACCCUCUUUUUGUUUUAUUUUUUUUUAUUUUACUGUUUGUUUGGGAUGGUUCACCCAAAAAUGAAAAUUCUGUCAGCAUUUACUCGUAUGACUGGAUUUCUUUUGAGCAACACAAUAGAUGUUGGGCAGAAUAUUAGCCUCACCAUUCACUUUCAGUGUGCCGUUUUACAGUGCAAAGCCACUUGUGUUUCUCAGUGGAAAGAAAGUCAAAUGGGUUUAGAACGAAAAUAGAGUCAGUAAAUGAUCACAGAAUUAGCAUUUUUGGUUGAACUAAUCCUGCUCAGUAGAUUGGCCUUUAUGAAGUAAAAACUUGGCAAGAAACUGAAUCCGUGUGAACGAAUUGAACAACUGUGAAAAUUAUUGUUAGAACUUUUAAAAGUGUUAUGUAACAAAAAAUGCGGCUUCAGGUAUAUUCAAAUCUUUCUCAAUCAGCAUUUGUUUUGUUUACAGUACACAGGCGGAAUAAUCUAUGACAUGAGCUCUGAAUAUUUAUAUUUUCAAAAAAAUAAGGCCCCCCCCAAUUUCCGACGUGCAGGCCUCAUUGUUAGAGGAGGUUGAGCGAGAGCCUGAUUUUUCUGAAUUGGAACUAGGCCAUGGUUUUUUUGCUGAGGUGGUUACGCUACCAAACAUAACGAAAUUACUUCACUGAAACCCUGAAGCAGAUUUCCUCAUUGCAGUAAUUCAUGUCAAUCAUGUGAUCACAACAAAGAAAUGACCUGACCUCAUUUCUAAAAAGAAAGUACACUAGAGUCAAAGCAAAAAGCAACAUAUUGUUUGUGUGUUUGCAUUCGUUUUAACUUGUUACAAUAUGGCACAACAUACUUACGAACAGUACUCUGAUAACCCAAGUGCAAUCUUUAAAUCAUAUUAACAACAGACUUUCUCUCAACCCUAAACACAAGUUGUGGUUUAAAUAAUUCAUAGUGGUUUUGAUGUAUUUUAUCUAGAUUUCAGCGAUAGACUCCCUUUUAAAAGUUCAGAGUGCCUGUAAAUGACCAAAUCAAUCAUCUUUGCUGGUUUAGCGAUGGACAAAAGUUGUUGACGGGGAUGGGGGGGAGUGAUUGUAAAUGAGAUGACUGUGGAGUUCAGGGUGCCCACUUGUCUGUGUGUGUCCUAACCCCCCACCCCAAUCCGCCACUGGACAAAAAGCAUAUGGAUGGUCCUUUAGAUGCCAUAACUAUCUGAUUAAAACCAAAUGAUUUCGUUUUUGAUUCUCUUAUUCAGUAAUUCUGUUUUUGUUUUUUUGUUUUUUGUUUUUGGUGGUACUGUCUGACACGUUGGACAAAAUCAGAAGACAAAACCUCUUGACUCUAACACACAUUUGUCUUAAUUUACUUUAAUGUCUUUGUUAUUGAAAACAGAUUUGUUUUAUUUCAUGACAUUGGUUCAGAAAACAAUGAUCACUUGCUGUGGAAUAUUUUUAAGUCUUUUCUUUUUUUAACACCAGAGUUUUUUUGUAUUUGUACAGUGGCAGUGACACCUGUUACUAUUUGUUCUCAUAAUCAAUAAAGGCUUUUCAUCAAGGGCAUUGUUUUCUUGUAAAUGGUACUA